GCCUUGGCAAUUCACUCACUAUCACUUUCAAUACUUCUGGUAUAUGAGGAAACAUGAAUGUUCACUUUGUCUUCAUCGCAUUUGGGAUUGUCCUAGUUCAUCAUAUGUCUGGCGCUAUAUUUCCUGUCUUCUUUGACUGUUGCACAGAAGUAGCCAAUCACAUCCCCAGAAGAUGGUUAAGAAGAGUGGUGAAAUUUGAGAUCCAAAAGAGUGAUGAUUUAUGCAGAAUACCGGCUGUGAUCCUUCACACCAGGCGCAAAAAGCUAUGUGUAAGUCCAUUGAAUAAAAAUGUGAAGAGAUGGAUGAAGCAAAUGACCAGGUGUUGCCAGAGAAGUGAUCCAGAAAUCUGGAAAACGAGAAAACUCAGAAGAGGGAGGAAAACUAUGAGGAAAGAUCACAUAUUUGCUAUGUGCAAGAAAGAUGCUGCAAUCUGCACCAUGCAAUAAAUAUGAUAAAAGUCUCAGAAUAAUGGAUCCCAUAAACAUUUUAACUUGUCUUUCAUUUAAAACUCCUUCCUGAAAAGACUACCACAGCUGAAUGUUUCCAGGUAAUGGCCAGGUCCACAAAUCAUA